UUUUUGGGCCAAAUAGUCAAAAAGCCCGAAGAAGUUAAAACCCGGAUCGGCUGCGGCACUGUCAGGAAGCAGCAUCAACUAUGGCUUCCGAGAAAGAAGCUGCUCUUGCAGCCGCUCCUUCUGAUGCUCCUACCAUAUUUGACAAGAUCAUCAAUAAGGAAAUUCCUUCUACUGUAGUCUACGAGGAUGAUAAGGUCCUUGCCUUUAGGGACAUUAACCCUCAAGCUCCCGUACACAUUCUAAUCAUUCCAAAAGUGAAAGAUGGGUUAACUGGGUUGUCCAAGGCUGAGGAGAGACACUGUGAGAUUCUUGGCCGGCUUUUAUACACUGCCAAGCUGGUAGCCAAGCAAGAAGGCCUUGAUAAUGGCUUUAGAAUCGUAAUUAAUGAUGGACCAAAGGGAUGCCAAUCAGUUUAUCACAUUCAUGUGCAUCUUCUCGGGGGACGACAGAUGAACUGGCCCCCUGGCUAGGAUGUGGGAAAUGAUUCAUAGUGAGCCAUGGCGCUGCCGCUGGCAAGAUUCAUUUGGCAGUAAUACUACUCUUGGUCAUAUGUUCUUUUCUGCUGUUUAUUAAAUAACAGGUUCAAGUAACCACUGAGUUGUGACUAGUUACUUGAGGAAACCGAAUUAAAUGACCAGUAUUUAUACGGUUGCAGUGUUGGUUGAACUUGAUCUAAAACUAAAGCGAUUUCGUUGUU